AUGACCGUCGGUCAAUUGGUUCACAGGAUUCUUUUUCGUCACUAUUGCAACGACUCUAACAUCGCGUCGCUCUUGUUGGAACUCUCUGGGUCAAUCAUAGAGUAUCCGCGGCCUCAAUCAUGCCAAAUAGACUAUCACGUCAGCACAUCAUUUUCGAUUGCCACAAUUUCCAUGGUUGCUCACACGUUCAUAACUGGACAUUCUGUUGUUAUGACAAUAUGUGUUUUGCGGCUGGCGUUUCCCUUGUUAGACAUAACAUUUAUGGAGCAAUCGUGCCGUAUUUCACACGGCCUUUCUGAACAUCACCUUAUAGAACGCGACAGGGGCGAGUUUUGCGUUCAGUUUUGUCGCGUUUGGAAGCGUGUUAACUACUAUUCUUGGUCUUCAGGUUUCUCCAUUACAUCACGCUCUCAGCGCGCAGCGGUGCCUCGUAAAGAGGUACUACCGCAAGGAAUUGAUGAUGCGAUAGACACAGUUUUUCAGCAAGUAAUCGUAAUGUACCAAACUCGAGUGCUCUAUGACGCUUUUGAUUGGUGGGCAAGCACUUAUGUUCGCACAUUCAAAACCUAUUAUCUGGACAAGAUUUUGCCUCAAUCGUUGGUGCUUUUGGCUACUAUUCCGGUAUUUGAUCGACUAGUCCAAUAA